UUUGUCAGGUUAAAGAUGCUGAGAUGAAUUUUGGUCGCCUAUUGACCAUAGCAUAGGCCACGAAUGGUUCAGGUCCCCCGAUGCCACAGACUGCCUUAUAGGCUAAAUGAACGUUGAGAUAUGCAGACGACUUUCCGUCGACCCGUCGCCGCCCCACGGAGUGGGUAAACAUGUGCUGUGGAUGAUAUAGCUGUGGAGCUCACAAUCCAUCAGUUGUCAUUUCGGACCCAGAGUCCUCCCCUGAGCAUCGGCCGUCGCCAUGGCGUCCUCCUCUCGCCCGUCCCGCAGCCGGCGGCGCGGGAAGAAAGACCCGGUACGCCACAGCCUCAACCCGGAGCAGCUCCACCACAUGGAGCUACGGCACUGCCUCCAGCAGGAAAUGGGCGCCGCUCCUCGGUCUACCAGCGACACGGACCUGGUGACGUCCUACUGCCGCUCCACGCUCACCACUAGCUCCUCCCACUACACCAUCGGCCAACCCCAGGACAUCCACGUCAUCUGGGACAUCAAGGAGGAGGUGGACGCUGGAGACUGGAUCGGCAUGUAUCUGAUCGACGAGGUGUUGUCCGAAAACUUUCUGGAUUACAAGAGCCGCGGGGUGAACGGAUCGCAUAAGGGCCAGAUCGUGUGGAAGAUCGAGGCCAACAGCUACUUUGUAGAAACCGAGACCAAGGUUUGCUUCAAGUACUUCCACGGUCUGAGCGGGGCGCUGAGGGCCACGACCCCGACCGUCACGGUGAAGAACCCCACCGCCCCGGUGCUGAAGCAGAACUCUACUGAAGAGGCGCCCCCAGCACAGGGCUCAAGAAGACUCAUCAGCUUCUGUUUGUCUGACUUCAACGCAGUGGGCCUGAAGAAGGGGAUGUUCUUCAGCCCGGACCCCUACCUGAAGAUCUCCAUCCAGCCAGGGAAGAACAGCAUCUUCCCCUCGCUGCCGCACCACGGCCAGGACAAGCGCUCGGGCAUCGUGUACAGCACCAUCAACCCCCGCUGGAACAGAGAGCGCUUCAGCUUCGUCUCGCUGCCGACAGACGUUCUGGAAAUAGAAGUAAAGGAUAAGUUUGCUAAAAGCCGACCUAUCUUCAAGCGUUUCCUGGGCAAGCUUUCAAUGCCCGUCCAGAGGCUGUUGGAGAAACACGCGAUCGGCGAUAGGAUGGUGCACUACACUCUGGGACGCAGACUACCCAAUGAGCACGUCACCGGUCAGCUCCAGUUCCGCUUCGAGAUCACGUCGUCCAUACACCCAGACGACGAGACCCUCAGCGCCGAGUGCUCCCCGGCCCGCCAGCCCCCGGCCGCGCGGCGCUCCAGCCACCCCUCGCGGGCGGCCCACACCUCGUCCGACGACACGCGCAGCCCCCUCCGCGUCGCCCAGGGCAACCACGGCCCCGGCGCCGGCGAGCCCCCCCAGAGGUCGAGACACCGGAGGCCGUCCAGAACCGGCCGCCACGGGCUCCCGUCGGACCCCGUCUGCAGUGUGGAGCCGGCGGCGGCGGCGGCGGCGGCGGCGGCGGGAGAGACGGAGCGCGGUGGGAUGGAGGGGUCGGCUGUCGCCCAGACGACGGCGUCUACGGAGAAGGAGGAGGAAGAGGAGGAGGAGGAGGAGGAGGAGGAGAAGGAGCCGUCCGGUCCAGAUCCCCCUGAGGCCGGCCUGACCCGGGACACUCAGGGCGCCGCCUCGGCCAAAGCGGACGCGGCGGGCGUCACGGAGUCGCUGUUGGCGACGGUGCAGGAGGCGAGCGAGGAGAGGAGUCUGCACACGCCCUCCACGCCCCGAGGCGAGGAGGGGGAGGCGGAGGAGGAGGAGGGGGGGAGACGGGAGGGAGGAGCGGAGGACGGGGAGACCAGAGGAGGAGGAGGAGGAGGAGGAGAGGAGGAAGAGCAGUGGGAGGAGAACGGUGGGACGCAGGACGGGGGGUCCCCGGAGAGACGGAGCAGAGCCAGGGGGGGGGAGCAGCAGGAGAGGAGGAGGACCCUGGGAGACCCGGAGCCGGGGGGGCAGGGGGAGGAGGAGGAGGAGGAGGAGGAGGAGGAGGGGACGGGGGAGGAAGGAGAGAACGGCUGUCCUGUGACCAUCAGGAGCUUGCCAAGGAGGCGGAGCCGGCCCUGCUCCCUGCCCGUGUCCAAACUGGAGACGGUCAUCGCCUCCUGCUCCGAGCCCGAGACGCCCAGGUCGCACUACAUACGCAUCCACCAGCUGCUCCACACGCUGCCCUGCGUCCAGCCCGAGGAGCUGCUCAACGGGGACGCCGUGUCAGGCGAGUCCCUGGAUCUGGAGGGCCUCGACGAAGACCCAGGGACGGCCUCCGCCAACGGGCCCCUGGAGGGGGGGGAGGAGGGCGGCUGUGGCUCCGCCGGGGGCCCCCAUGAGGGCCCAGAGGGGGGGCCCCGGCGCACCCUGCCCCGCUCCCUGUCCGUGGACCGCCUGUCGGACCUCGCCCUGAGGCUGGAUGCGGAGGGCAGGCACCCUGAGGGCGCGGCGGUGAACGGGAUGGGCUACGAGGUGGAGGAGGAGGAGGAGGAGGAGUACGAGCCGUGCUGCAGCAACUCCUGCUUCACCCAGAGAGGGAGGCCGGCCCGACUGGGUCAGCACAGGUCAGGGGGCACGGCCUUCUCAUCCCAGGAGGACGAGGACGAGGACGAGGCCGGAGGGGCCAAGGUGAAGGGCCCCGGGGAAGGUUCCUCCUCGCAGUGCUGCGGAUCAGAAGACGACUGCUUCAGGCCGUCGAGCCCUGCCUGCCCCAUGCCUGCCCUGAAGUCUGACCACUACCCGACCAUCGACGAACCGCUGCCUCCCAACUGGGAGGCGCGUGUGGACAGCCACGGUCGUGUGUUCUACGUGGACCACAUCAACCGGACCACCACCUGGCAGAGGCCCACCACCGCCGCCACCCCCAACGGCAUGCGCCGCUCAGGCUCCGCCCACCAGAUGGAGCAGCUCAACCGGAGGUACCAGAGCAUCCAGCGCACCAUGGCGACAGAAGGGGGCGGGGAGGAGGAGGAGGAGGGGGGGGAGGAGAACGGGGGCGGGGCCUGGAGGAGCGAGGGGACCGUGUUCAGCAACAGCUCUGAGACGGACGCCGCCCCCCCCGCUGACAACAACGAGGCCCCUGUGGACUCCUCCCCCUCCCCCCCCCUGGCCAGCAGUCAGAAGCUCUCCGCUCUGCUCCAGAGUCCCGCCGUCAAGUUCAUCACACACCCCGAGUUCUUCACCGUGCUGCACGCCAACUACGGCGCCUACCGCCUCUUCACCAACAGCACGUGCCUCAAGCACAUGAUCCUGAAGGUCCGCCGCGACGCCCGCAACUUUGAGCGCUACCAGCACAACCGCGACCUGGUGACCUUCAUCAACCGCUUCUCCAGCCAGCAGCUGGACCUGCCGGGGGGGUGGGAGAUGAAGACGGACCCCCAGGGAAAGAACUUCUUCGUGGACCACAACAGCCGCGGGACCACCUUCAUCGACCCCCGCAUCCCCCUGCAGAACGGCCGUCUGCCCAACCACCUGACCCACCGGCGCCACCUGCAGAGGCUGCGCAGCUACAGCGCUGGAGAGGCCUCCGACGUGUCCCGGAGCAGAGGGAUGAUGUCCCGGUCGGGGAAGGGCCUGGUGGCUUCCAUGAGGACGCAGCAGCAGCUGGACAACGUUCCCCAAGCCUACAACGACAAGAUCGUGGCGUUCCUGCGUCAGCCCGGCGUCCUGGACAUCCUGACAGACCGCCAGCCGGCUCUGACCCGGAACCCCUCCCUCAGGGAGAAGAUCCACUACAUCAGGACAGAAGGAGCUCCGCGUCUUGAGCGGCUGUCCUGUGAUGCCGACCUGGUCAUUCUGCUGAGUCUGUUUGAGGAGGACAUCAUGUCUUUCGUCCCAUCGUCCUUCCAACAUGGCUUCUCCUUCUCCCCUCACUGCUCUCCUGGGGCGUCGCCCCGCAAGUCUCCCGGUAAAGGCACCCAGAGGGCCCGGGCGCCGGCCCCUUACCGACGGGACUUUGAGGCCAAGCUGAGGAACUUCUACAGGAAGCUGGAGGCUAAGGGCUACGGCCAGGGCCCGGGGAAGAUCAAGCUGAUGGUUCGCCGGGACAAUCUGCUGGAGGGGACGUUCAACCAGGUCAUGGCCUACUCCCGCAAGGAGCUCCAGAGGAACAAGCUCUACAUCACCUUCAUCGGAGAGGAAGGGCUGGACUACAGCGGGCCCUCCAGGGAGUUCUUCUUCCUGCUGUCCCAGGAGCUGUUCAACCCGUAUUAUGGUCUGUUUGAGUACUCGGCCAACGACACCUACACCGUGCAGAUCAGCCCCAUGUCAGCCUUCGUGGAGAACCAGCUGGAAUGGUUUCGUUUCAGCGGUCGGGUCUUGGGCCUGGCGCUGAUUCACCAGUACCUCCUGGACGCCUUCUUCACCAGACCCUUCUACAAAGCGCUGCUCCGACUCGCCACGGACCUCAGCGACCUGGAGUACCUGGACGAGGAGUUCCACCAGUCGCUGCAGUGGAUGAAGGACAACGACAUCACGCAGGUCCUGGAGCUCACCUUCACGGUCAACGAGGAGGUCUUCGGGCAGGUGACGGAGAGGGAGCUGAAGUCGGGCGGAGCCAACAUCAACGUGACGGAGAAGAACAAGAAGGAGUACAUCGAGCGCAUGGUCCGCUGGAGGGUGGAGCGGGGGGUGGUGCAGCAGGCCGAGGCCAUGGUCCGCGGCUUCUACGAGGUGGUGGACUCGCGGCUGGUGUCGGUGUUCGACGCCCGAGAGCUGGAGCUGGUGAUCGCCGGCACGGCGGAGAUCGACCUCCACGACUGGAGGAACAACACGGAGUACCGUGGAGGGUACCACGACGGCCACAUGGUGAUCCGCUGGUUCUGGGGCGUGGUGGAGCGCUUCAACAACGAGCAGCGGCUGCGCCUGCUGCAGUUUGUCACCGGGACGUCCAGCGUGCCCUACGAGGGCUUCACCGCGCUGCGCGGCUCCAACGGCCUGAGGCGCUUCUGCAUCGAGAAGUGGGGCAAGAUCACCUCCCUGCCCAGGGCUCACACGUGUUUCAACCGGCUGGAUCUCCCUCCUUACCCAUCAUGCAACAUGUUGUACGAUAAGCUCCUCAUCGCCGUCGAGGAGACCAGCACGUUCGGACUCGAGUAGUGGAUGUGUGUGUGCGCGCGCGCGCACGCACGCACACACACACACACACACACACACACACACACACACACACACACACACACACAC